AAAAUAUCUGGCAGUUACAGGAAGAAGUUAAAUCCAACAGUUCAAAGGAGAGAUUGAAACUGUAGUCGAAUUCAUCAAAAGGUAUGUAUAUUUAAUCCAUCCAAAAGAAAUCAAAAACAUGUUUUCUACAACCACCUGAUCGAAAUUACGAGUGGAUUUUCAUCAUUUUUUCCAGCCACGAUGCCAAGUUUUGAUGAAUUCAAUAAGUUGGCCGCUUGGCUAAAAAAACUCACGCUUGAGUACGGUGAAAGCGGACAGGUCAGUGCCUUACCUUAGUGACUGUAUAUAUAGAAAAAGUACUGAGUCAUAUUCAUCCUUGUGUAAAAAUUACACCUUAGCUCGAAAGCAUAGAAAAGCUGGAGACGACAACAGAAAAUACCAGCUUGUUAGUUGCAUGAAAGAUCUCCCUUGUGGUUCCUAUAGUCAAUAUUUAGGAAAAAUUUGAGUGAUUUGCGUCAAAACUUUUCUACAUCAGCAGUUGAGUUUUCCACGUCAUUAUGAUGAAAUUAUAUACUCAAAAGUGGCCCCCUUAAGGAGAAACAGUUUGGUUUUGGAAAAACUUUAUUUUGAAUCGCUCGGUUUACUUUUAGUUAUUCCUUGUGGACCGAUUCAUAUUCUGAAUUUGUUUCCCUUUCGGACACAGGUCAUGGACCAGAAAAAAAGUCAAACUUCAUUUUCUUUCCUCUUAUUUUAAUCGUGUUAUCAUAUUCUCUAUUUUUAUUACGCUCUUCGAGUUCCUUCCUUCAUUUCCACUUUUCUUCAGAGUUACUACUUCACUUGGAACCAAAUAUUCAAAUACAUUUUAGUUAGUAUUGUAGCUUUUUAGAGGCAAGUCAUUAAUUAUCGAAGGGAAGGGGGGGGGAGGGUCGGAAGGAUUUUGGUUGUGUCACGUUAAAAUUUACUGAUUUAUAAUUUUUUAAAUGCCUCGUUCAGGUUACUUACAAGGGUCGCGUGUUCAGCUUCAAAACAGAGAGAGAAACAUUCACAGCAGGUAACUGGGCGUGUGACGGAGUGGCAACUGAUGAUGCCACUGGAAUAUGGGCGAAAGGAAGGCAUUAUUACACUGUACAACUCGCCCUUGAACACGGCGUCAAAGACCUGGUCCGGAAGCUCAAGCAAGAACAUCAAAUAGAUCUUUAUUGAAACAGCUAAACGAG